CGUGUCUUUUAGAGGGAUAGGAACUAGCCGCUACCGAGACAAGAUGCGGUUACUCCUGGUGUUGAUUGUCCUCCCAUCCUUGUUGCAAUCACUUAAGAUAUCUCCUCUCAUUGAAAAAAUCAGUGACCAUAAAGAUUUUAAAAAACUGCUGCGCACACGGAAUAAUGUCCUUGCGUUAUACUCUAAAUCAGGGCCUGCUGCAGAACGGCAGCUGAAGCUACUGUCUGAUGUGGCUCAGGAUGUGAAAGGCAGAGCUACCAUAUCAUGGAUCGACUGUGGUGAUGCAGAGGGCAGGAAACUGUGCAAGAAGAUGAAGGUGGAUCCAAGCAGCAAGACAAGUGGGAUAGAGCUGCUACAUUACAAGGAUGGAUCUUUCCACACAGAAUACAAUCGUCCUGGAACCUAUAAGUCCUUAGUUGCGUUUCUUAAAGACCCAGAAGGAGCACCCUUGUGGGAAGAAAAUCCAGAAGCCAAAGAUGUUGUCCAUAUUGAUACUGAAAAGGACUUUAGAAAACUUUUGAAGAAGGAAGAGCGUCCCCUUCUUAUGAUGUUUUAUGCCCCAUGGUGCGGCGUGUGUAAGCGAGUAAUGCCAGCAUUCCAACAGGCAGCAACUGAAGUGAAAGGCACUUAUGUCCUCGCUGGGAUGAAUGUGCAUCCUCCGGAGUUUGACAGAUUGAAAGAAGAAUAUAAUGUGAAAGGAUAUCCCACAAUAUUGUACUUUGAGAAUGGAAAAUUUAGGUUUACCUUUGAAAACGUUGGAGCUACAGCUAAUAACAUUGUAGAAUGGUUGAAAGACCCGCAGCCCCCAAAAGCUGAAGCCCCAGAGGUUCCGUGGGCAGAGCAGGACAGCGCAGUCUAUCAUCUAACAGACGCUGACUUUGAUCAAUUUGUCAAGGAUCAUCCCUCGGUUCUCAUUAUGUUCCACGCCCCAUGGUGUGGACACUGUAAAAAAAUGAAACCUGACUACGAGAAAGCUGCAGAGACCCUACACUCUGCCAAUGAUGCUGGUGUUCUGGCUGCUGUUGAUGGAACAGCACAUAGAGCUCUAACAGAAAGGUUUCGGAUCUCAGGGUUUCCUACUGUGAAAUAUUUUGAGAAUGGUGAGGAGAAGUACACACUUCCUCAUCUACGUACAGAACAGAAGAUUGUGGAGUGGAUGCAUAAUCCUGAGGCUCCACCUCCUCCAGAGCCUGCAUGGGAUGAAAAGCCUUCUAGUGUUCUUCACUUAUUGGGGGAAGAUUUUCGAGAAAUCCUGAAGAAGAAGAAGCAUGCCCUAGUCAUGUUCUAUGCACCUUGGUGUCCUCACUGUAAGAGCUCCAUCGCAGAUUUCACAACUGCUGCUGAAACCUUUAAAGAAGACCGAAAGAUCGCAUAUGCAGCCGUAGACUGCACCAAAGAGAAGAACCAAGACCUCUGCAAACAAGAAGGGGUUGAGGGAUUUCCCACUUUCAAUUACUACAACUAUGGAAAGCUAUCGGAGAAAUACAACGGAGAACGUGGAGAAUCUGGAUUUGUUGGUUUUAUUAAAUCUCUUCGAGAGAGAGACCAAAUAAAACUGGGAAAGAAGAAAGAAGAAUUAUAAUCAUGGUCCAAUGCAACCUCCCCAUUGCACUGUGACAAAUGUCCCAUUUUCCAAGCCUCAGAUUUAACCUGUUCCCUGCCAGGUUGGGCUGGUGUACAAUGCAUAGCAACACACUGCCAUCCCUGUCAAUAGAUCUGUUAAUUCUAGAAGGAGAAGAAAACAAAUUUAUUAACACAGCUGGUUUUUUCUUAUAAAAAAGAAAAAUACAUUUUGAACAGGAAAAUUAAAACACUUUUUAUAUGAAACUUCAAGUAAUGUUUUUGUGAAAGAUUGAAGCAAUUUCUUUUUACCCUUUUUUUUUUGUUAAGGAAAAAAACACCUUUUGCUCAGAUGCAGCAAAUAGCUAACUGUAAAAAUGAUACAGCAUAGGAUUGUGCUAAAACAAGAAUCUAAAGAUGCGACUCAUAGUGGAAUCAUUUUGAUUCAGCAUACAAUGAACAUUCACAGCUGAAAUAUCUUCCAUAUGAUUGUGGAUAGUCUGCUUGGUUAAAUUAACAUCAGUUAGGUGCUAUUCGGGUUUGGUCUCCUUCAACCUACUCCUGUUAACAGUGACUACACAGAGAAUGAGCAAUCAAAUCUAUUGCUGCUCCUACAGAGUGAUAUUUGUUCGUGUCUACAAUGAUCCUGGCAAAGGUUCCCUUUCUGAGCUUCUUUCAUGAAACAACAUCUGUGAUGUGUUGCAUCAUAAUGCUUUUUGAAAGAGAAAGUUCUAGUUGUCUUGAAUUAUAUUAAUAGUAAGGUGUCCCGUAUACAGGUAUACCCCGCUCAUACAGCGGGUUAGGGACCGGAGCCCCGCUGUAAAGUGAAAACCACCUUAAAGUUAAACACGGCAGUUUUAGCUUUCUUUUCCGUGUUUAAAAUCUAAAAAACAUGUUUGAACUAACAUAUAUUAGGGGUGAAAUAGUGCUACGUUUAGUUUAACACUAGCACAGCAAGUAUUGAAUUAGUAUUCAAUAAAUACUGUACCUGUAAAAUAGUGACAAUUACUGUAGUAAAAUUUGCCAGACUAUAGCACUGAGACACAGAUUGCACUGCAAUGCAGUUAACAGAGUGAACUAAGCAUAACAAAAUGGUGCCAGUCACUUUUCUCGCAAUCUCCCAAUGAUUUACAGCACUGUUUCAAAAUGCUUGGAGGUUGAACUUCAGCUCCACAAAGCACUGUAUUAGCGAAUCGCUGUAAAGUGAAGCGCUGUAAAGUGAGGUAUACCUGUAUAUGUUUUACUGUACAUUAUUUUAAUUAAAGGGACACUUAACUGUACAAUUUGUUUCCUUGAUAUGUUUCCGAUGACUUGUUUAUACCAGUUGCAGAUUAUUUAUUUGAAAUAGCUGGUUUUGCUCAUUGACAUCUAUUCUCAAAAACAUGACCAUUUAAGUGGGCUAGGCGUGCAUAAAGAGCAGACUCCCUUAUAUUUCUCUGUACAAACAGUCCAGUACUGAUAUUUUCAUUAUGAUGGUGGUUUCUCUUAGCAAAAACAGCUAUUUCAAUUGCAAAUAUAAACCUAAAUUAGUCAUUUCCUAUUUACACUGCAACAAGGAAUAUAUACAGUGUGUAUGUGUAUGUAUAUAUAUAUAUAUAUAUAUAUAUAUAUAUAUAUAUAUAAUAUUAGACAAUGGCACUAAAAAGUGAUAUUUACACAAAUAUAUUUUUAAAAUACUUCCAUUACACUAUAUUUAUAUUACAGAGACUUGAACUUUCUCUUUUGACCUUCGUAAUCAUUAGGUUUACACCAAAAAGGUUAAAAAUAUUCUAUUAUAAUUGUGUGUUUUUUUGGGGGUUUUUUCCUAAUGUUGGUUUGGGGAAGGAUUUAAUACAAUAAUGAAUAAAUAUAUUUUAUGUUUUUUAGAAAAUGAUUUUCACUUAAAUCAAACAUGCUAUAAACUGAGUGUCUCUGUUAAUUCCUGGCUAUUAAAGUUUAUUUUGACAAAUAUAAAAGAAGCUAAACUACUGGGGUACAGUUGGCUCAGUGCAGAACCUGCCCCUUACAAUGUUACAGGAAUUUUUUCCUCUAUUUGUAACUCGGUGGUUUAAGUUGCAGUCCUUUUGCAGAUCACUGGGGUCUGCAGCCAUUUAGAAAGCUAUUUGUAACUCAGUGGUUUAAGUUGCAGUCCUUUUGCAUAUCAGUGGGGUCUGCAGCCAUUUAUAAAGCUAGUAUCCCUUUCUAUUUGUAACUCAGUGGUUUAAGUUGCAGUCCUUUUGCAGAUCACUGGGGUCUGAAGCCAUUUAGAAAGCUAUUUGUAACUCAGUGGUUUAAGUUGCAGUCCUUUUGCAUAUCAGUGGGGUCUGCAGCCAUUUAUAAAGCUAGUAUCCCUUUCUAUUUGUAACUCAGUGGUUUAAGUUGCAGUAUUUUUGCAGAUCACUGGGGUCUGAAGCCAUUUAUAAAACUAUUUGUAACAAUGUGGUUUGUCGCAAUCCUUUUGCAGAUCACUGGGGUCUGCAGCCAUUUAGAAAUCUAGUAUCCCUUCUAUUUGUAACUUAGUGGUUUAAGUUGCAGUCCUUCUGGAAAUCGCUGGGGUCUGCAGCCAUUUCAAAAACUAGUAUCUCUUUUCUAGUUGUAACUCAAUGGUUAAAGUUGCUGUUCUUUUGCAGAUCAUUGAGGAUCUGCAGCCAUUUAGAAAGCUAGUUUUCAUCACUAUCAUUAUACAUUCUAUGUAUUUAAUUUGGGGUUUUGAGUUUAAUUUUCUUUUAAUUCAUGGCUCAAAUGUUAAGCAAUGUACAGUUUAUGAUAGCACAUUUAUGGCUUAUUAUAUACUACAGGUUUAGUAAAGGGAGUUCAACUCCUCUUUAUUAUAAAAAGGAAUAUUUAAUCCAAUUUUUAAAACACACAUGUACAAAAUGGACUUAAACCAUUUAGUUCCUAAAAGAAACAGCAGAUUCUCAGGGAUAAUUGCGUACGAACAUUAACAUAAGCCAGGUCAUUUCUGAUACAUUCAGGGCAAGCAUUAUUGCUAGACACUGUUUACAUACCUGCUGCAAAAAUGUUUGGGUUUUUAAUGUGCAGGGGAAAAACCAAAAAUUGUAUUACCAUAUUAUUUUGUCAUCUAUUAUUAUUGAUAUGUGAUAUAUUUGUUUAAUUUAUAUGCAGUAAAUAUCUGUUAAUGGAAUCUUAGGCAGUGACUCAUGCUGUACUUAGAGCAAACGACCCAUAUUUUUAUAUGCAAAGUAAAAAUGAUUAUUAAGAUUUGUUUACAUUCCAUUUUUCUGAGAUUGUCUGUGCAGCAUGUUUUGUUCACAUGUAAAUUUUGGUCUCUUGGUUACUUGUUAUAAUCUGUGUAUUUUAAGCACCAUAAAUUGAUUGUAUGUUAUUCACGUUUUAGUUUAAAAUCAGUAAUUUCAUUUCAUCUCAAAUAAAAACUUUAAAAAGUA